CCAGACAUGAAGAAGAAGACAACGCCUUGUAUCACUGUUAAUAUCCAAAGCCACAAAGUGGCGGUGGGAUUUGUUGAUUCUGAAGAGAAGCAAGGAAAAGGAUAAAGAAACGAAUAUCGCCUCGAAAUUUGCCGCUCUGAAAACCCUACCUCUCUAUUUCUUUUCUUUGUAUAUCUACUGAACAGACUCAAGAAGGGGUCCUGAACCUAUCAGAGAUUAAUGAUGGAAGUUGCUUCUCAUCCAAUUCAUAAUCCUCUUCGUCUCUGUAAUAGAAGAACGAGUUUUUGUUCUUCGUCUUCCUCGUCGCUGUUCUAUUUACAUAAAGGACUACAUUUUGGACACACUCCAUUUAAACGAACAAUUUUGAGAAGUUCAAGUAAUUUUUUUCAUCCAAGAAUUGAAGCUUUUGUGGUCUGUUAUCAACCAAGACCACAAGUUCACAAAUUUAACCUCUACCCUGGUCUCAGUUCGCUUGAUUCUUUACAGCAUAGUAGCAAUAAGCUUAGACUUGAGUCUGCAGUAACAUCAAGAGAGUUGUGGAAACCGAAGGCCUUGGUCAUCACAAAUGAACAUCCACAAAAUGUUGAUUUUCCUCGAAAAUAUUCAAACAAGGAAAAGAAGCCCUUUCCAGUACCCAUAGUUGAAUUGAGACGAGCUGCAAGGGAGAGAAUGAAGAACAGGAAAGGCCAGCCUAAAGGGCGACCCCCUCCUCCAAGGAUUGGCUUGGUUGUUAAGAGCCUUAUACCGCUUGCUUAUGAUGUAUACAAUGCAAGGAUUGUCUUGAUUAACAAUCUCAAGAAAUUAAUGACAGUGGUCCCUGUGCAUGCUUGUGGGUGGUGUAAUGAAAUUCAUGUGGGACCUGAAGGACAUCCAUUUAGGACAUGCAGAAGUAAAUAUGCUAACCUCCGCAAGGGCCAACAUGAGUGGACAAAUGCAGCUAUUGAAGAUAUAUUCGUUCCCAUAGAAUCCUAUCACCUUUUUGACCGUCUAGGAAAGCGUAUACCUCAUGCAGAGAGAUUUUCAGUCCCCCGAAUUCCUGCGGUUGUUGAGCUUUGCAUCCAAGCAGGUGUUGAAAUUCCUGAAUAUCCCACAAAAAGGAGAAGAAAGCCAAUCAUUCGCAUAAAUAGGAGUGAAUUUGUUGAUGCAGAUGAAAGUGACCUGCCGGAUCCUGAACCAGUAGUUCCUGUAAAGCCUCUGCUAACUGAAAUACCCAACUCAGAAAUAGUAGCCCCAUCUAAUGAAGAAGAAACCAAAUUUCUUGCGGAGGAAACACUACAAGCAUGGGAGAAUAUGAGGAAAGGAGCCAAGAAGUUAAUGAGGGUGUACACAGUGAGAGUUUGUGGAUAUUGUCCAGAGGUGCAUGUAGGACCCCGUGGACACAAAGCACAGAAUUGUGGGGCCAACAAGCAUCAACAACGAAAUGGGCAACAUGGUUGGCAGGCUGCUGUGCUUGAUGACCUGAUACCACCAAGAUAUGUGUGGCAUCUUCCUGAUGUAGGGUCGCCAUUGCAUCGGGAGCUCCGGAGGUUUUAUGGACAAGCCCCUGCUGUUGUGGAGAUGUGCAUUCAAGCAGGUGCUGCUGUGCCAGAUGAAUACAAACCAACCAUGAGAUUGGAUAUUGGGAUCCCUUCCAGUGUUAGAGAAGCUGAAAUGGUUGUUUAAGGGCUUUCUGAACUCUGAACUUUUUCUCACUUUGAAUCCGUCCAGUGAAAAUGAACAAUGACCCCACAUUGGAAUUUCUCCUAGGCCGACUCACUCUACCACAUCAGUUAUGGACCCUCCCCAUGUGUUAUUCGGCUCUAUCUAAUGCGUGAUACGAUUAGGGAAAUGGUCAUUUGUAUUUAAUAAUGAUAUAAAAAAAUUAUACAACCCAUUUAAUUAUAUAAGUCAUGUAUGAGGCAAAGCUCAAUCUGUUCAGUUAUAUGCAUAGCAUGUGUUAGAAAACCCUACAUACACAUGUAUAACUCACUUCAAUUGACAUGUAUGCUAAUAAAAUUAUUUUUUUAUCCUUAA